AUGAAGAAAUUAUUCAGCUUCUCCAAGAAGAAACAGUCGCCGUCCCGUACGCCAGACAGAGGGAACGCGCUAUCUAUCGGCUACGAUGUAAAAGAAAAGGAUCUGGGCAAAUUUCACAAGGCUGCUUGGCGGGGAGAUGUGGCCAAGCUGGAGCAUCUCGCCAAAACCAGCGACGUCAAUCAGGUCGACAAGCACAACAGAACUGCUCUUCACCUUGCUUGUGCCUGUGGAAAUGUUGAGGUGGUCAGAUUUCUCGUGGAGAAAAAUGUUAAACUCAAUUUAAGGGACAAUCAAAAUAGGUCUGCUUUAAUAAAGGCAGUACAAGGUCAGCAUGAUCUCUGCACUAGCAUUCUGUUGGAAAACCACGCUGAUCCCAACCUGGUUGAAACGGAGGGGAACACAGCUUUACAUUUGGCCUCAAGCAUCCCAUCAAUUUCAACUGCUGAAACUCUUCUGGAACAUGAUGCUGAUGUCAAUGCCCAGAAUAAGGAAGGCAUUUCACCAUUGGCUGUGGCAGUCCAAGAGGGCCACUUAGAAAUGGCAGAGUACCUGUUAAAAAAAGGUGCUGACGUCAAUAUGUUGGACAGAGAUCAUAGGUCACCAUUGAUGAUCGCUGCCUGCAGUGGACAAAUCAGCAUGGUACGAAUUCUCUUGCAGUUUCACGCAGAUAUUACGCUAAAGGAUAACAAAGGACAAUCAGCUGAGGACUAUGCAGUGAUUGAAGGCCACCAUCCGUAA